AUCCAGUAGCUGAUAAUACAGAGUGCAUACGUAGUUCAAGGCGCUGCAAAUUUUUGUCGAAACGAUUUAGACUUUCUGAUAUAUGAGUUUAGGUUUCUCAAGCUUUCUUAACUUAUUAACAUCAAGAGUAAUCUUGGGCUAUCAGUAUGACAGACGGGGCAAGCACUUCAGGGCCUCAGGGCGAGGAACUCACGUUGCUUACCGGGUCCGAUGCCGUGAAGAUUAUCCUCCUCGGUGACUCUGCAGUUGGAAAAUCAAAACUCGUGGAGCGUUUCCUGCUGGACAACUACAAGCCACACCAGCUCUCCACAUACGCACUAACCCUUUACAGAUACAACUUCAAGACCCAGGAUGACAAGGUGGUUCCCGUCGAUAUCUGGGAUACGGCUGGCCAGGAGCGUUUCAACAGCAUGCAUUCCUCCUACUACUACCGUGCGCAUGCCUGCAUCAUGGUGUUUGAUGUCACACGCAAGGUGACGUACAAGAACCUGGAAAAGUGGUACGACGAACUACAAGAGCAUUGCAAGGGCAUUCCGACAGUCGUUGUCGCCAACAAGAUCGACAUCGAUUACAAGGUCACCUCCAAGAGCUUCAAUUUUGCUGCCAAACGCAAGCUGCCAUUUUUCUUCGUGUCUGCAUCCGACGGCACUAAUGUCGUCAAGAUUUUCAACAUGGCCAUCAUGGCCGGAAUGCGCUGGAAGGCUGCCCCUAAGGAUGACUUCUACCAGGAAGUUUUGGAUUUGCUCGGGGAAAUUUCGAUGGACACGCGCAAGCAGCUGGAGGAUGCGGUGAAGGCGCUGGAAGAGGGCAAGGAAAAGGACGAGGGGGGGAACUAGCGCGGCGUGGCGACCAGCAAGCUUAUCGCAGUAGAUGCAUGGCUUGGUGUGAGAAGAAAGAAGAAAGGCGCGACAUGGGUUGGCGGCUGAUAGUGGCGGGCGGAGGGGCUACGGCAGAGCGAUGUCUGAAAAAGAGAAUGAGCAAGAGCCGGACCCUCUUCAGGCGAGCCGGUACGAAACCUGUAAGAGAUUUUUAGGGCGUAUGGUCUGAGAAAGCUUUUUGCGGGGACGGCAUCUGGCAGGAAGGAUUCAGGCGAUGAAACACGGCAAACUUUGCGGUGCGCAUCCAAGCCCGAGGUUUACCUUAACCUCGCGGUGAUAUCCUAUCGUCUAGCAAACGCUCUGAAGCGUGCGGUUCCGUACAGAUAUGCUGACUUAAAGUCCUCGUGUUUACAUUACAAUGUAUGGUGUACGGGUGCAUGCACCCAUUUAAUGUGCCGCGUGGCGUGCUGGCGUUCAGUUCUAUCCACUUCUCCUUUCUGGCGUUAUUUGUGCAGCGCACGAUUUGCGACAGCAAGGGGGAAGGGCCAAGUAUGCACGUGCACGUGUCUGUCUUAUCGAGGCGGGGUGCAGUAGAGGGCAGCAAAGGAAGCGAGUGUGCAACUGAGGGAUGUGUGUGUGGGGAGUGUGCGGACGAGUGUUGCUUGCCAACUCAACUGGGGCCAGGGUGAAGGAAAAAGUUGGUCACUCCG